UGGAUUUAAAACCCAAAUCACAUCUUCUUCUCUAUAAAUAUAUAACAACACAUAGUGUUCAGACGGCACGCCAAGAUCUUCUUCUACAGUCUCCUGCUCCGUAUUCCGACCGGAUUACAUCUUUCGCUCCAGCUUACAUACAACAUGAGUCGACCAAUGGAAGAGGAUGCUCCUGUUAAGAAUGAGGAAGAGGAGUUCAACACUGGGCCUCUCUCUGUCUUGAUGAUGAGUGUUAAGAAUAACACACAGGUUCUUAUUAACUGCAGGAACAAUAAGAAGCUUUUAGGUCGUGUUAGGGCAUUCGAUCGACACUGCAACAUGGUCCUUGAGAACGUUAGAGAGAUGUGGACCGAGGUGCCGAAAACAGGAAAAGGGAAGAAGAAAGCUCUUCCGGUGAACAAGGAUAGGUUUAUUAGCAAGAUGUUUCUCCGAGGCGAUUCGGUCAUCAUUGUGCUUAGAAACCCCAAGUGAUUGUAUUUCGUGGAUAUGGAAUUCUGGAUCUGUAGUUCUUGGAUGGAAAUUUGGCUUGUGAUGGAAGUAAAAUGAUGCUAGUAGUGGACUUUCUCAUGGUAGUCAUUGUAUUUCUGUUAAAAAAAAGCUUGGUUUGUACGAGUUUUGUGAUUUAGUGAAUCCUAAGUCCUAACUUUUCUUUGGUUUACUCUUUAUGGAAGGACCAGAGCAAUCCUCAACUUGUUCUAUCAUUGAUUGUUGAAUGUUACUCUUUUUAUGCUAUGUAUGUGCUUGUUCAUCUUUUCA